AUGCUCCUCCACGUGUGGCUCGGUGGCUUCCUUCUGUGCUCAGGCCCAGACAGCGCCGGUGACACUGCUCCUCUGCAGCGGUCCCAGUCUCUCCCGCACUCGGUGGCGGCCGCCGUGGGUGGCACGUCUGACCCCAGCGCCCUCAGCAGCUCAGCGUUAAGUGAACGAGAGGCCUCCCGGCUCGACAAGUUCAAGCAGCUCCUUGCCGGCCCGAUCACAGACCUCGAGGUGGACAUGAAGUUCUGCGACCACGUGAGUAUGGAGAUCCUGUCCCCCGUCUUUGGCAUCCUGCACCCCGGUUUCUACCAGGCAGCCCGCAAAGACUUCAGCUACGAGCAUUGGUCACAGUCCCAGGCACACAUCCCCAGGGACAAGGGCGACUUUUACUACAUGAGGACCUUUUUUGCGGGGUCGGUGGUAGAGGUUCACCGACUGACCUUGGCCUGUCACCAGGCAAUGGGGGUCAACCUGGUCACUGGGAUUGAGGCUGUGUGGCACAAUGAGAGCCACCUGAACAGGUACUUGCUGGACCAUAAGCCCAUUAAGGUGCUGUCCCCAGAGGACCCGGCUGAGAUGCUUCUAGAUCAGUACCGAAAGAAGUCAAAGCUCUUCCGUACUACAGUUAUCCUGGCCCCACUAGGAGAUGAUUUUCGCUACUGUGAACGCAUAGAAUGGGAUCAUCAGUAUAAGAAUUAUCAGCUGCUUUUUGAUUAUAUGAAUUCUCAUCCUGAGUAUAAUGUUAAGAUACAGUUUGGGACUUUAUCAGAUUAUUUUGAUGCACUGGAUAAAGAAGAUGUAACCAUUAGAAAGAAUAGCCAAUCCAUGUUCCCUGUUCUAAGUGGAGAUUUUUUCACUUAUGCUGACCGAGACGAUCAUUACUGGAGCGGCUACUUUACAUCCAGACCCUUCUACAAACGAAUGGAUAGGAUAUUGGAAUCCCAUCUAAGGGCUGCUGAAAUUCUUUACUAUUUCGCCCUGAAACAAGCUCAGAAAUACAAGAUUAGUAAAUUUCUUUCAUCAUCCCAUUACAUGGCACUGACAGAAGCCAGAAGAAAUUUGGGACUGUUUCAACAUCAUGAUGCUAUCACAGGAACUGCAAAAGAUUGGGUGGUUGUGGAUUAUGGUACCAGACUCUUUCAUUCAUUAACGAAUUUGAAGAAGAUAAUUGGAUAUUCUGCACUACUUCUUAUUUUGAAGGACAAAAACUCGUACAACUCUUACUCUUUUGAUAACCUCCUAGACAUGGAUUUGAAACAAAACUCACAAGGUUCUCUACCACAAAAAACUGUAAUAACACUGAGUGCAGAGCCAAGGUAUCUUGUGGUCUGUAAUCCUUCAGAACAAGACCGAAUCUCAGUGGUCUCAGUCUAUGUGAGUUCCCCCACAGCACAAGUGUCUUCUGCUUCCGGAAAGCCUGUGGAAAUUCAGAUGAGUGCAGUUUGGAAUACAGCAACUACUAUUUCACAGACAGCCUAUGAGAUCUCCUUCCUAGUGCAGAUGCCACCACUCGGACUGAAAGUGUAUAGAAUUUUGGAAUCAGCAAGUUCAGACCCACAUUUAGCUGAGUAUGUGCUGCAUAAUGGUAACGUAAAAGAUAAAGGAAUUUUCAACAUGAAGAAUGUAAAAAGUACUGAAGAAGAUAUAACUCUAGAGAACUCCUUUGUUAAACUUCGGUUUGAUCAGUCUGGGCUUUUGGAGGAAAUGAUAAGUAAAGAAGACAGUAAACAUCAUGAAGUAAAAGUGCAAUUUUCAUGGUAUGGAACCACCAGUAAAAAGGACAAAAGUGGUGCCUACCUCUUCUUACCUGAUGGGGAAGCCAAGCCUUAUGUUUACACAACACUGCCCUUUGUCAGAGUGCAACGUGGAAGGUUUUACUCAGACGUGACUUGCUUUUUGGAACAUGUUACCCAUGGGGUCCGACUGUACAACAUCCAAGGAAUAGACGGACAGUCUGUGGAAGUGUCCAAUAUCGUGGACAUCCGAAAAGAACAUAACCGUGAGAUUGCAAUGAGAAUUUCUUCUAGCAUAAACAGUCAAAACAAAUUUUAUACUGACCUGAAUGGAUAUCAGAUUCAGCCCAGAAUGACGAUGAGCAAAUUGCCUCUUCAAGCAAAUGUCUAUCCGAUGACCACAAUGGCCUAUAUACAGGACACCAAGCAUCGCUUGACAUUACUCUCAGCUCAGUCUUUAGGGGUUUCAAGUUUGAAAAGUGGUCAGAUUGAAGUUAUCAUGGAUCGAAGAUUCAUGCAAGAUGAUAAUCGCGGCCUUGAGUAAGGUGUCCAUGAUAACAAGGUUACAGCUAAUUUAUUUCGACUACUACUGGAAAAAAGAAGUGUGAAUACGGAAGAAGAAAAUAAGUCAGUUAUCCUUCUCUCGUUAGCCACAUAACUUCCUCUUUCCUGAAUCAUCCUGUCUUUACAAUGACAGAAAAGAUCCCCGUGCCCACCCUUCAGCUGCUAGGUGAAUUCUCUCCGUUACUGUCAUCUUUGCCUUGUGACAUUCAUCUCGUUAAUCUGAGGACAAUACAGUCAAAGGUGGAUGGCAAGCAUUCCGAUGAGGCAGCCUUGAUCCUCCACAGGAAGGGGUUUGACUGCCGCUUCUCGAGCAGAGACACGGGGCUGCUUUGUUCCACAACCCAGGGAAAGAUUUUGGUACAGAAGCUUUUUAGCAUGUUUACUGUCGCAAGUCUCAUACCUUCAUCAUUAUCCUUGAUGCAUUCACCUCCAGACGCCCAAAAUAUAAGUGAGAUCAACUUGAGUCCCAUGGAAAUCAGCACAUUCCGAAUCCAGUUGAGAUGAACCUGGCUUUCAAAUUUGGAUUGGGAAGCAUUGUCUUUUAUACACUUCUUGGUUUGACGUGCAAUAAGGAAGCACAUUAUUUUAGCUUCUGGCUACUGUGAGGACAUGGAUUCUGUGAUUGUUAUUAUAAUUAUUAUUAUAAUUAUUUUUUUUUUUUACUAGUACAGAAAGAAAAAAAAAAGCCAUGCUAUAGCCAGUUUUUCUUUAAGUUCCAUCCAUGAAUCACCACCAUCAGUAUGAAUCGAUGCAACAAUGAAGGAAGAAAUGUCUAAAACAACCUCUCCAUAGAUUGUAUCUCAGGUUAAAUGCUAACUAACUAUAUCUGUGUCGGGAGUUGUGAAGAGAUUGUUAUAAGUAUUCAUGUUGCUGAUCCUUCAUUAGUUUUACAAAAAUACCCAUUUUUACCAAAAUGGAAUAAAAAGCUGAAGGGUAAUAGCUAAUGGCCAAAAUGGUUGCAAUCGUUCAUACGCAUUCGAAAAAUUUUGUGUAUUGAAAUAUGUGGAAAAGUGCAAUCCAUCAACCCUUAUGAUAUCUGUACAUCAUUGAUCUUCACACCUUUUUCUAAUGUACCACUUGACCCCUCCCUUCUCACUCUUUGUAUUUCCAGAAAUAGCAGAUUUUGAAUCAUUCAAUAGUAGAAAAAGAGGCAUAUUUUCAUUACUUGACAAUGUGGGAUAGGUGCAAUUUAUUCCAUUGUCACUAAGAUAGAAAAAGCAAUCCCAUAGGUACCAUAACCUCUUUUAGGUACCACAAGGUGUCUUUUUGCACAGCUCAUUUGAAUACAGAUGUUCGGAGAGGGGUUUUCUAUUUUAAAAAUAACCAUAUCAAAAUAAAUGUGCCUUAUUUUUUUAUAA